GAGGAACGUGCAGCGGAGGAACGUUUGAAGAAUCAACGAGAAAAGGAAGAAGAGGCAGCUCGGAUCAAGAAAGAGUGCGAAGAUUUUGAGAACCAAAUGGGGCAGCGAUUGGAAAGUCGGCUUGCCCCCAUGUAUGAUGCCAUCAUGGGGAAGGGCGUCAAUAAGGUCGGCAGCAGCUCGGCCAGCGAUGAAUUUUGUUACUUCGACGUGAGAAUGAAGAGAUGCGUGCUAAGUAUGGUAUAAUGGAGCAGUUGCCAUCAACCAGCCUCAUUGAUCGAUUGCAGAAGGAGAAUGGGGAACUUAAGAAAUUCGGCGAGGAUCUGAAGUCUCGAAUGGAGGGUGAUCUGGCGGCACUCAAGUGGGAGAUCCGGGAUCUCAAGGAACACCAUGAGUCAGCUUGGAGGGGCAACCUCACCAAGCAGAUCGAGGAGCUGCGAUCUCUGCGAAAACAUAAUGAGGAAACCGAGGAGGUUGCGCAGCUUUGGAGGAACGAGGCUCUCAGGCCUGGUAACAAGUGUGGUAGUAUUAAUGUUUCGACACCUGCAAGUGAAGGGCGUACGAUGACUCGAUCUAGGAUGGAGGCUACUCCGGAGGAGACUCGGCGGUUACGAGCGGAAUUACAGGAAUUGCAGGAGCGUCGCCGCUGUGACCAGACCGAGGUCGACAUGCUCAAGGAGCAUCGGGCCAAGGCCGAAGCCAAGCGUAUCGAGGCUGAAGCCGAGUUGACUCGGUUACGGGAACAAAUGGACCAGUUUUCCACUGAACAGACGGGUGGUGGUACUCCACAUGUGGUGGGUACGAAUUUGAAAGAAAAGAUGGAGGCGGCGGCAAGAACUGGGCUUCAAACUGGGAGGCGUGGACGUCCGAAGAUGACACCGGGGAGACUACCAAGAGGUGACAGUGCCAGGAAAGCGAACGAUCGGUUCGCUUUUGUGCAAGACGAGAAGAAGAGGCUCAAAGCUUAGAAGAAAGGAGGGUUGGAACCCUUGUGUAAGGAGGUCGGAAUCAAAUAUAAGACAGUUG